UACUUGGACUUCACCAUACAUGUGGUUGAAAUUGGCCUGGUUGUCAUGGGGAUGCUCCACACGGACACGCCUCAGCAGCUGGAGGAGCUCAGGACGGGUCCUUGCCGCAUGGUUGAAGGACUGCACAGUCACCUCCCCAUCCAGGAGAGCACUGCAAGCAUUGAACUGGAAAGAAUGGCGGGCCUGGUGGUCCGACUCUGGGAAAGGCCUGUUGAUGUAUUUUGAGUUUGGAACUCUGAGCAGGAUGGACUGAAUGUGAGCCGGAGACACGGUCCCAGGACCCCAGCCAACAAGGUGUUUGUGCACCGAGGCCAUGGCGUCUGCCACCCAGUGCAUGCCCAAAUGUGCAGGGAAGCGUUUGAAGGCUACAUCCUGCUCUUCUAGCAAAAAUAUAUGGUCACCAUCGUUAGGUGAUUCCAAAGCUUGUGGCGCGUAGUCUUUGUAGAACGCACUGAAACCAGCAAUCCCUUCCACAGUAUCCAGGACGAGCUGACUUGCUUCAAGUCCUUGAGAGGCCAGUAUUGCAGCCUCCAGACCCAAACGGGAGGCGUUGCCGAUGUGCAUGGGUUUGGAUUGAGUUGCAGCGUUAGCCAUCGGAGCUCCAGAGAGAGAAACAGCAAUGGCUAAGGCGUGACUGCACUGGGAGGGAGUCAGCGACAAGAGACAAGCACAGGCUGCUGCACUUCCCAUUGUGCCCACUACGCUCGGAGGGUGAAACCUGGUUAGAAUAGACACACAAAUAUUAGCAGUGUUGGUAUUUCUAUCCCAUAGUAUAGUUACUCAAAGAGGCAGAAAACACCUUUUUUAUGUGCAUCCCAUAGAAAGAAUCUACACAUAUAAUUUAGAAAACAAUUUCAUUUUUCUGAUGUGUAGUACUAGAGAAAAACAAAAGCCAGUAUUUCCAGGAAGAAGCUGGUUGACAUGGGGACAUUCAACAUGCAACAAAUGCAAGUAUCCCAGAUUGCUGGUCCUUCAUCAUGAAGUCAGUAAUACCCUUACACCUGUUUUCAAGUCUAGGAGUCAAAAAAGUGCUGUGCUCAAAAGGAGUGUCCUUUAUAUACCGGGUGCUCAAAAAUGGUCGACCCCAUUCUAAAUGCCCAUAUCUCGGAAACUACUUGAUGGAUCUUCAUGAAACUAAAUACACUUUAUGUUGAAAGUCAUAAGUUUAAUUGGUUAAAUUUACAAAGAAAAGUAUAAAUAUUUGUUGGUUCUCUGACAGAUUUUCAUAAAUGUUCAAUAAGAGCGCCCCCUGUGACUAUGCACACAUCGAGUCGGUAUUCGAGCUCGUGCCAGACUUGCUGAAAUUUCUUGAAAUUUUUGGUGCCAAGUCGUAAUUUGUUUUGUAGUUGGUGCAUUCUUUGCAAAAUUUGUGAAGAAGGCAUGCUGCACUGUCUUCGGUGACUGAGUCCGAGCAUACUCUAACACGCAAAAUGCCUUUUCUUUUGAAGUGAACGGCAUUUAUUAACCUGAAAGGAUGGAAAUGCCAAACUUUACAUACAAACAACUUGAAACGUUUCUACGCAAGCUGUAAAAAUUUGAGGUCAUUCCAAUGAAAAUUGUCAAAAUUAUUGGCCUACGAAAUGGGGUCAAGCAUUUUGGAACACCAUGUAGGCUACAUGCAUAUUUAAUAUAGAUAAGUGAAAGAGAGAGAACAAACUGAAUGAUACUAAAGAUGGAGCUUCAGACCUUUUGUUUUUUUCAAUUAAAGUGGAGCAAUGUAGCACCUAACCUUACAUUCUAAAGAUACAAAUAGAGAAUUUAUGUAAAUUGACUCACAAAAUAAAUACAGACACACACUUCUACCAUUUCACUGAUAAGUGCAGUACUUAAGGAGUUCAUCCGUGCAUUAUCGCAAAGAACUGGGGUUAAGUAUGGAGCAGAAGUUUGUCAGAAACGAAAGAAGAAGAAAAAGAUUCAUGAAAAAUCAUGAUUUAAAAAAAAAAUCUGCAAAAUUACUGGAGUAGAUGAGAAAUGUCCGGAUUUGACACCCAGGCUUUGAGUUUGAUACCUGUGUACUGGGUGUUGUCUCUCCCUACAAUGUGCAUAAGCUCUUACGUUGACUAACAUACAUGUUUUUGUCAUGCUGGAACUGGAAAGAUCCUACGUACCUGAAGAAAACCCAUACAACAAUGGGAAGAGCAUGACGACUCUACACCAAGAUUUACAACUGUAGACUACUAUUCUAUAAUUGUUUCCCAAUUAUUACUAAGUAAUCUUUUUAUCGAUGAUACGAAGUUAGCCUUACAAAACAGAUGGUAUCUUUUUGACCUGUGUCCUUUCAUGCUCAACUCUUUGGGAUGUUUUGGGCCUCAUUAGAGAACCUCAUAAGUCGGCCCUGGAUCUCAAUGCCAACGUUGAAAGCCAGGAGGAAGUCCAGGCCACUGGGUUUGCCGUGGGCAGGCAUCAUAUCGCUGAGAGCCAGAACAGCUGGAAGCACUGCUCCUGAGGGAUGUGUGGCAGGGUGCCAUGUAUCAUCAAAGUCCAUGGACUGGUCAUGCUCACCGCCACUCCGUUGACAAAAGCCGCCAGUGUUGGUGAGAGCUUGGUGCCCCCGGCCCCGUAGACAGAGCUGACAUCAUGAUGGGCGUACAUGAGCUGGAGGGAGUAAAAUGGAGACAGUCUCACCUGGGCGUGCUGCAAUGCCAGCCGAAAUACAUCUGUUGUGCUGCCAAGAAGACCAACUCCAAUGCUGUCCAGCAUCAUCCUUUUACUGCGAUGAAGGACCACAGAGGAUAAGUGCUCGGGUUUUACUUCACUGAUGAACUUUCCAAAACUUGCAGUCACUGUGUCCUCAGGGGCGAGGUACUUUGAGACUUAAAUGGGGUGGAAAAGAAGUAACAUGAGUGUAAUGUGGAAAUUAAGAAGAGGCAAAUAUGUUUUGUUUUUAUGACUUUACCCUCCACUGCAGACUUGUGCAGUCCUCUGAUUGGUCUAAUGGCUUUCUACCGGGAUUAACAUAUGUUGUUAAAUUGAUGGUUUAUGUGUCAGUUGUUGAGUUAUACAAUUCUGCUUGGAUGUUAAACAGGUACGUUUAAUCUGUGCCCACACACAAGGAAACAUGCUUUGAUAUAGAUUGAUAUGAAGUCUUAAAAUAAUGUAUACAUAAAUCUAAACAAAAAAACAAUUAUUGUAUAGAAAAAUAUAUAUAUAUAACUGUGAAUGUGUACCUGUAGCAUGGAGGCCAUGACUUCAUCAGGUGUUUCUUCUUGACGCAGAAGCUUUGUAGUCAGCAGAUUAAAAUGAAUACUGAUGCUGCCCAGGUGGAGCAGCGGCCAGCUUUAUAUAGUCAAGGGUUUACAAUAGUGACGAAAGUGGAAUCUGGACGAUCACGUAAUUUCCACAACACAGUAUCAUCAGGUUUAAGGAAAGCUUUUCUGCAGCGUGAAUGCCAUCAUUAUCCUAAUCAACACCCCCUCUUUAGAAGAAAAAGAGGAAGGUGUGGGACGUGAAGUUAGAUGAGGUAAUCUCGACCCUGGGUUGCAGUGUACAGGAUAGUCUGUUUGGGAAUUUCCGCCAAUCCCUCCUACCUGCAGGGAGCUAUUUAUCCAUGUCUGGGAGAAUGUCAACAUUUUAUUGGAGCAUCUUCAAACGGUAGGACCUUAUUAACUUCUUAAUAUUAUUCGUGUUACAAACCGCAUGGUAUACUGUUUUGAUAUAUUUUAUAACAAAUGUAAUAAGUUACUAUCUCAUUUUACAGAAUAACGAAUUUACAUGUACUCAGUUGUAAGACUACUCAAAGCAUUAUUGAUCAGAUUAAUAGAAUAUGCUUGCAUGAUUAUUUGUAAUGGAAGGCAGGUUUUAGAGUGUUUGUUCAAUUUAAGCUUUUAUUCAACUUUUAUCAUAGUUUUUAAGAAGUAAGAUAAUUUGAGUGAAGUAAAAUUAAUGAAGUGAAAAUGCAUUUUUGUCCAUGUAGUGUGUAUAAGCCAUUUGUUGUGUAAAUUUGCGCAAAAAUGCAGUUAUGAAAGUUUCCCAACCAGAGACUUCAAUUUCACAGAUGAGUCAGUAGAUAGUCAAAAGCCUUCAGAAGUUAUGCAGCUUAAUGUUAUAAUUGAUGCUUCAAUUAGUAAGUUGCCAAAACAAUGCUAUCUUAAUAUCCUAUUUUAUGUAUUUGAUUUUAGUCUUACAAUUUGUCUAUCAAAGAUUUUGAGGGGAGAGACUACAUUUUUUUUCUUUUCUUCAGAUCACAACAAACAUAAAUCAUGAUGACAAUCGAUGGUUUUCCAGCCAGUUUCUACAGUGAACCAGGGGUUUUAGGCAUGCUGUCAAAUGGAAUUAGUGCAUUCCUCGUAUUACUACAGAAUUUCAAUACAGCAUACUCUGGCAUGGCACCACAAAGGGCUGAGAAUAUACUUGCAGGUGUGCAUCUCAUCUUGAUUGGUGGUAUCUGUCAACUGGUGGCAGGCCUGCUGUCAUUCCGAAAAUAUGAUCACCUGGGUAGCACUGCGUUUGUUGGCUAUGCCGCCCUAUGGGGAAGUUACGGUGCUUCCCGAAUCUGCUUUGGGGCAUUAUCCAAGACCUACACUCAUCCGCAGUCAAUGAUAAGCAACAUGUCUCUGUCUAACAACAUGACUGAACUGAAUGCAACUGUGGAGAUCCAAAUUUGUGAUAUCUGUGUGUCCCUAAAGGAGUCUGCUAUUGCUGGUCUCAUCCCGUAUAUUCUCCUAUCAGCUCUUCUUGCCUUUUGCUCAGCCACAGUCAACUACAUCAUGCCUUUUGUGUUUGGAGCCAUCACAGCCACUUUAAUUUUUGAAGCAGCAGCUCUAGUUGCAGGUUCAUGGGCGCUUGUUGUAUCUGGACUUCUUGAGUUGAUCAUCCUGGUAUUUGCCAUCUAUGGCUCAGCGGCACUGCUCAUAAAAGGUCUGACUCAACGUCUAGUCCUCAAAGGCUUCGGAACACCUCUCUUUAACGUCCUCCUUCUUGGUAGUGCCAGUUCAACUAAUUCCCAGAAUGCUUGCUCAGAAAAGAAGAAAAACACAAAGUAUGCAGAACCCAUGGCCUUAGGUUUCUUCUGUGACACAGUUGCACCAUUUAUUUUUACCUUUUACAGUUUCGGGUUCAUGAAAUCAUUUGGUUUGGGAGUUGCUUGGGUUUCAAUCAUCACAGGUGCACAGCUUUUCUCCAGCUAUUACUCCCAUCUACGGCAAGAUUGCUACCAUACAACUAAGUUUGGUUUUCAUGCCACAUUUUGGCUGAUUAAAGCUUGGGAUGAGUUUGUGGCAUCUGCUCUCAUUGUGGAGGACACCAAAGUCACCUUAGGGAGAAAAGCAAUGUUAGGGAACUGGUUCUUUGUCUUAUCAGCCCUUGUUCUUUGUUGUGGAAGCAUGAACAUGGAUCUUCUGGAAAUGAUCCACAACAUGCUGUUUCUCUUGCUCACAAUCUCCACCAUCCCUCAGAUACCUGGAAGUCACUAUUACAUAUUUUUUGGUAUAGCUUGUACCAUUUAUACUGCCGCCUCGCUUUAUGGAACAUUCUCUCGGCUUAUCAACACCAUUGCAGAGAAGUCACUUAUCCCUAUUGGACCACAGCCCAUCUCCUCUGUCCAGCUAAAGAGGGCUGUGAACUGGAUCAAGUCCAAACACAGAAAGGAAGAAUUAUCCUUCCAAAUCGAACAAACGUCAGACACCCUGUUUUACUUGACAAAUGGGGUUGCGGCCCUGUCCGCUCUUCACGCAAGUGAACACAGCGCGAAUCCUUCAUUCCACCAUCUGAAUGUCCCUUGGGUCCUCAUCUCCGGCACUGUGAUCCAGGUUUAUGUUAGUCGGCUGAAAGUCACUGGAGUGGACCAGUUUGGGUUUGUCAUCGCGGCUAUCUAUGCAGCAGUGUGGGCAAUGUGGACCUGGUUUAGAUUUGCAGGUACCCUACUUCAGCUUCAAGUGGCUUAUGAUUUUGCUGCAGGAGCCAUCACUUUCCUUGUCAUCAAUGCUUUCCUCGUAUUCAGUGCUGCAUACAAGAACGUGGUCCUGAUUUUACUGGCAUCAACCAUGGAGGUGGUUCUUGUUUGUUUUCUUCUUUCAACCCUUCAUCUAUUGCCAUACCACUUAGAAAUGGCCAUGCUGGCACUGUUUUCCAUCAUUUGUACAUAUGGAGCAAUGGCGUCAUUGGUAAAUGGCAUCUUCUCCCAGAGUCUAUUGCCUUUGGGUCCUCCACUAUUACUGAAACAAGUGACGCAGGAUACCGAGCCUGAGCUGCCUUGCCCUGUGGCUAACUCCCGACUCACAUCUGGGCUUUUGAAAAUUGCCAGCAUUCUAGAAAAGGGGGGAGUCUGCGGUAUUCCCACAGACACUGUGUAUGCUUUGGCUGCAUCCUGUAAGAACCCUCAGGGUAUUGAGAAAAUCUAUAAUAUCAAGGACCGGCCAGCAGAGAAGCCUAUUUGUAUUUGCAUCUCUAGUCUGAAGCAGCUGGUGGAAGCCAAACCUCCAUUCAGUCCUUUGCUAUGGGAGUUUAUGCAGAACGUAUAUCCAGGAGGCAUCAGCUGCAUCGUCAGUAAAGGAGACUGGCUCUUCAAAUUGGGAGUGGGACCAGCUUAUGACCGCGUUGGCACCAGGGACAGCAUAAUGAUCCGAGUCCCUGACCACACUGUGACCCGCCACCUCUGUGAUCUCACCGGACCUCUUGCUAUUACCUCGGCCAAUCCAAGUGGAGAACCAGACAGCACCCACCACAGCAUGGUCAUCGACCGACUGGGGCACAAGAUACAAGGGCUUCUGUGUGACGGGGAGACGAAUGAGGUUAUUGCUUCAACAGUGGUCAACUGCCUCAAGAUUGAUGAGGGGGUCAUCACCAUUCUUAGAGAAGGUUGUGUCCCUGCUGGACAAGUCAGAGAAAUAUUCGACCGAGUGAAAAACACAAUGGCCUGAUGGUUAUGUAUCACUUCUUCAGAGAGGCCUCAAGAGCAACCUAUUAUCAUUGUUUGUGCAUCUCAGGGUCAUCGUAUGAACACAUGCUGAAUGUAAAUGUGGAUUAUGCAGAAAAUGCGGCAAAAAAUAACCAUGACUUUCCGAGCUUACUCAGUCAUCUUUAUGGCAAUUGCACACAGUUUAUCAAAACUAUGAAAAUUGUAAUGUACUGUUUUUACUUUUUAUGUGCUGUCUGUAACAUGUCAGUCGUUUAUUUUCCU